AUGACGGUGGCGGUGUGCCAUGUCAUGCCGGCGCUGGACGUCGCUCCUCCUCACACGCACACUCGCAUGCCGGCGCCGAUGACGCCACCGCCGCGGCAGCUAGACAUGUGGAGCGCCAUCCAGGCUCCGGCCACCAAGCCCGAGCCGCCGGCGGUCAAGACCAUCGUCGGCUACCCGAUGGCGACGGUGCGGCGGUCCAUGAGCCGCGAGAGCCUCAGCCUCUGCACGGAGAGCCUCGGCUGCGAGACCGGCACCCGCGGCGACUUCCUCGACCUGGCGUCCCUCCUCUACGCGCCGCCACACUCGUCCCACCAGAGCGAGGACGCCGUCGUCGAUGAUGACUCAGCGGCAUUGCAAGAAGAAGAAGGGCAGGAAGAUACGACGGCUGGGGAGCUGAGGGCUGUGCAGUACCACCGCGCCCGGCCGCAGCGCGCGUUCCCCCCGCCACUGCCGUCUAUGUCUCGCCACCGCGGCGGCGACGGCGGGCCGUGCCUGCGGGUGCGCCCGCACCGACGCGACGGACGCCUCGUGCUCGAGGCUGUGGCCGCGAAGCCCCAGGGGUACCUCCACGCGCAGCGCGAGGGUGGCCGCCUCAAGCUCUGUUUCGUGGACUACUCCUCUGCUUCGGACUCUGUCCUCGACCACCAGAACAAGCAACAGCAACAGCCAGACCAAGAACAGAUGCUGCAAGAGAAGGAUGUUGAAGAAGUUGUCGAGGAUGAAGAAGAUGAAGUGGAGGAGGAGGAGGACGAGGUGGAGGUAGUUGACAGGGGCAUGCUGGUGGAGGUGGUGGCGGCGUCCGGCAAGGCGCAGCGGUGUUCCAGGAUAGUCAUCAACAAGUUCGUGGGCGGCGCGCCGGUCACCACGGACGAAUCGAAGACGAUCCCGUCCCCAUCGCGCUCCUGCAGAGCUACCGAGGACGAGUUGGCCGCUCCGACGGUGACGUCGGGGCUGCGCAGGGUGCCGUCGUCCACGACGACGCUGGCGGCCGCUGUGGCCGCCGCGUCCACUGGCAUGCAGUCCGACGAGGAGGACGAGGAAGAGGUUGAGGAGGAGAGCGCGUCGCUGCUGUUCACGUCGCGGGUGGGGGACAGGGAGGAGCUGAUGCAGAGCGUGCGGCGGUGCCGGCAGCUCCGGCAGAGGCCGCUCUUCAUUGUGGAGUCAUACUCCAUCAUCGCCGCCUGA